UCUACACUACGGUCCACUACUUUCGAUUGUCUCGUUAGGUUCUACCGACCUUGAAAUUAUAAAUGAAAAUGUAAAAUAUUCGAUAUCUGAUUAGUUUUCGAGAUGAUAACCUCAGCGAAACAGAUCCUUUCUGCACCUAUAAGCCACUUUCGGUCACCUAUUAGCCGAUCGAUUCUUCGAAAGUGUACUAACAGAAAUUUAAUCGGGCUAUCUCAGAUCCCAAGUCAUGGGAGGUGUCAUUCUUUUAUGCAGCUCUUUUAUAAAAUUCGAUUGGCACAUGGACCAGAUCCUGUGGAGUCACCCAGACUUACACCUCAAAUGGUCACAUCUAUAUUACGAAUGAAUGAAAAGACUGCUAAAACUAAUGGUGGAGUUGUUAAAGAAGUUCAAUCCAACCAAUUGCCGGCUAACAAACCUAUUGAGGAUCGACAUUUGGAAGCAAAAUUAGAGGGCGCUGACAAAUAUUUAUUUGGUGUGUUCGAUGGGCAUGCAGGGUGUGCAUGUGCCCAAGCACUUAAAGACAGGCUUUUUAAAUACAUUGCAGUUGCAUUAGCAGAUCCAGCAAAAUUGAACUUGCUUUACCAGGGUGGACAAGCUAUUGCUGAUAGUUUAGUGGAAUAUCUUUCUACUACAACAGCUGAUAGUGUUAGCUCAGAUCUAAGUUCUAUACACUGGCAGAGCUUGCUGCACUUUGUGACAGAUACUCAAGACAUGUACAGUGUAGACACCAAUGUGAAAGAAGCGUUAACCCAUGCAUUCUUGCGUUUGGAUCAAGACAUAUCAAGUGAAGCUAGUAUUCAUCCUAGUGAUGAAGGUUUGAGGGCUGACCUUGUAAAUAUUGCCUUCUCUGGAGCUGUUGGUUGUGUAGCAUACAUUGAUGGACUUGAUUUGUAUAUAGCAAAUGUUGGGGAUACGCAAGCAGUUAUAGGAAGCCAUUCAUCAGAGUCUGAAACCUGGCAUGCCACUUCUGUUAGCAAUAAACACGAUGCUCAUAAUGAAGCUGAAGUUAAACGCCUUUUUGCAAAGCAUCCAAAUGAAAGUAGCAAUAUUUUAAAAGAUGCUAGAUUGUUUGGCCAGCUUAUGCCUCUUAGGGCGUUUGGUGACAUCAGGUACAAGUGGAAUAAAGAAGACCUGUUGAGGCUUUCAAAUCACAUGGGUCAAACGCCAGGUCCCUUCUUCAGUGCAUAUAAAAAUUUGCAACUUCCCCACAAUUACAGAACUCCGCCCUACCUAGACGCUGAACCUGAGAUCAUUCACUACAGGCUAACACCCAGGGAUAGAUUUCUUGUCUUGGCUACUGAUGGCUUGUGGGACUCAGAUGGUAUGUCAGUGGAGAAAGUGGUGUCACUAGUGGGCCAUCACACUGAUGGCUGCCAAGUGCUUGCAAAUUAUCGUCCUCCCUCAGAUGUGUGUUUAGGUGUCAUUAAUGAGACCUUGCGCAAGCGGAAAAGUUUCCUGGCUAAGAGGGCUAUAGAUGAGAAUGUCACAACACAUUUGAUACGCCAUGCCUUGGGUUUAGAGCACGGACAGCUGUCAGCACAGUUAACUCUGCCUGAGAAGUUAGUGCGUCUAUAUCGUGAUGAUAUUACUAUUACAGUGAUCUAUUUUGAUACAGAUUAUAUAAUGGAUUAUACACGUAAACAUUAAAGGGUGAAAUUUGAAGUACAUUUUAUCCUAAGUGUAAAUAGCUGGUUAAAAAAUGUUUUCUGUGGUGUAGAAUUUAAAAAACAAAUAAAUUAAAAGUGGCCAUGCUGUACUAGUUUGAGUUUUAAAUGCUUUAUUUUUGUUUAGUAGGUUGGUUGUGAACAUUUAUGUUGCAUAAAAUUAAGCUCAACAAAUUUGGAAGCAUUCUCAUUCAAGCUAUUGGUAAAUUAUUAAUGUACUCAAAUGCACCAAAGCCCUGGCUCAGCUUAUGUAAAACUUUAUUUAAAUAUCAAUAUUCUAAUACGUUACACAUACUAGUAUAACUAUUACCAUAGCAUAGUGAUAUAUUCAGACACAUGCAAGUAAAAAAUAUAGUAACUAAUAUUUUAAUUGUCUUGCAUAGAAUAUCUAAUGUGUAAUGUAAUAAGUAGAAGUGCACAAUGCAACCCAUAAAAAAAAUUCAAAUAUUUGACUGAGUUACCUACUAGUAUUUAUAUUAAAGUUAAUUUUGUACAAUUGAUUUUAUUAGAUAUACUUGAUUGGUAUGAAAUACUGCUGAUACCAAAUAAUUCAAAUGAAAACUAUCCUGUCCUUCCUUAGCUUUUAAAAAGUUAAGACACUUCUUUUGCAAUGUGCAUUGAAGUAUUAAAAAGAUUUUGAAAUUAUAAAUUGCUUGCUAAAGUAUGAUGAAUUUUAAUGUAUUGUGUAACACAUGUCCCCCAUUUCUUUAGGCUGUGAUAAUUUUUGUGUAUAUUUCUUACAUUUUUAAUCUGAACAGAAUUACUUUUGUUACAUUAAAAAUGUGCAUUUUACAAAAAGUAACUUGUAGUAGGCCUAUGUACAUUAAUAUAUCAUCAAUGAUCAAGUGUAAAUUAUAUUUUUUUGAAGUACAGAAUUAUCAAUUGAAAAACAAAAUGGCAAUGUCUAUAUUACAUUUUAUUUAUAACACUUAUGCUUUAGAGGUGUAUUUUUGUUAUAUAGAGCUUUAACACAAAAUAAUUUGCUCCUUAUAUUGGAGAUAAUUAUGGCCCAAUUUUUUUUUUUAAAGGGUGAAUGAACUAGUGGGUAAAUUUCCAAAGCAGUAUUAAUUUGAUGAAGUUAGCAAAUAAAGAUUUCCUCAGCAUACCUUCUACAGGUGAUAAUAUGGAAAUGAGCCUAGAAAAAAAUGUUUCGUUACUCUCAUAGUGUUGUUUCGAACUUACUUUGUGGUUAUAAAAUUUUGUUGAGGUAAGCUAACUGUUUAAAAUAUAAAUGCCUGUAUUGUAUUUAAUAAUUUAGAUAACCAAUUAACUACCAAUUUACAGUGUGAUUUAAUUGAAUACUUACCUUUCAUAAUUGGAACAUAUUAUUUUGUAAACAAUGCCAAAAUUUUAUACAUAAAGGUCUUUAUUUAAAUAAUUUGAUUUUU